GUUCUCCUGGAUCGGCGGCGGCCCGGCCAGCAGGGCGGCCCCGGCGCUGCAUGACCCGGCUCAGCCGGAAGUGAAUGGCGCCGUGUUUCUCCAGAAUGGAGCUCGUACGCUCCGAAAUCAUAGGGCUUUUAACGGGGUAGCGAAAGCUGGAUUGUCCCCAUGAUGAAUUUUGAGGGGCUGGACCCAGGGAUGGGUGACUUCUCCUCGGCGCUGCACGGCACGCUGGAGCCAGGGCUGGAGGCGCCGUUGGACCCAAGGCUCGACCCGGCCCUCCUGCAAGGUGUCGAGCUGGACCCGGAUGGGCUGGCUGUCCCUGUGACAGAGUCUGUGCACCUGAUGGAGGGGAUGUUCUCGGAGCUGCACAACGUGCUCACAGAGGUGGGCAUCCCUGUGACGACGGUCCACUUCGACCUGCAGGAAGAGCUGCUGUGGAUGGGCAACCACCGGGGCCACACAAGCUCCUUCUUCGGCUCCACCAUGGGCCGCUACUCCUCCUUCCAAGUGCAUGCAACCGACGACAUCAGGAACAUCCAGAGCCUGGAGACCGGUGUGCUCUUCCUCUCCAAGAGUAACCUCAAGUGCCUCACACGUGGUGGUCUCAUCAUGUUCGACUACCCGAUGGAGGAGGCAGCAGACAUGCACAGUCUUCUUCUCAUGGAUAACAACACUCUUCUGAUGGGGGGGCUGCAAAACUACGUCUGCGAAGUUGAUCUAAAUACUGUGCAGGAGACCCAGAGAUUCACAGUGGAGGUUCCUGGUGUGGCCAUCAUGCGACAGUCCAACCGUUCGUUCUUCUGUGGUCACACAUCCGGAAAGGUGACCCUGCGAGAUCUGCGCACCUUCAAGCUGGAGCAGGAGUUCGACGCCUUCUCCGGCAGCCUGUCGGACUUCGAUGUGCACGGAAACCUGCUGGUGGCUUGCGGCUUCUCCAGCCGCGGGCUGAACGGGCUGGCCUGCGACCGCUUCCUGAUGGUGUACGACCUGCGCAUGAUGCGCGCUGUGACGCCGCUGCAGGUGCACGUGGACCCCUACUUUCUGCGCUUCAUCCCCACCUACACGUCACGCCUGGCCAUCAUCUCGCAGACGGGGCAGUGCCAGUUCUGCGAACCCACGGGCCUGGCUAACCUGGCUGACGUCUUCCACGUGAACACGGUGGGCCACCUGCUCAUGAGCUUCGAUGUGUCGUCCAGCAAGCAGGCGCUGGCUUUUGGGGACUCGGGUAGCGGCGUCCACCUUUGGUCCGACGCCCCAGAGGUCACCUUCAACAGUUACUCCCGGGACACGGACUUCGCCCUGCCAUGUCUUGUUGAUUCCUUGCCUCAUUUGGACUGGAAUCAAGAUCUUCUGCCCCUGUCCCUCAUCCCGAUGCCUCUAACUAGCACUGAGCCACUGCUUUCUGAUUGGCCAACGGCCCUGGCCACUCCGAGCCCGAGACGAGCACCUGCAGUUGACCCAGAGAUUCUGCGCACAAUGAAAACAGUGGGGUUCAUUGGGUAUGCCCCCAACCCUCGCACCCGGCUCCGCAAUCAGGUUCCUUACAAGACCAAGGAGAUUGAGCUGGCGUACGACAGUUACAGCCAGGUGCCCGAGUCUCCCAUUGGCCGAGAUGAGCAACCUCACCUUCACAUGGUGCCCAAGAAGUACAGGAAGGUGACCAUCAAGUACUCGAAACUGGGCCUGGAGGACUUUGACUUCAAGCACUAUAACAAGACCCUGUUUGCCGGGCUGGAGCCGCACAUUCCCAACGCCUACUGCAACUGCAUGAUCCAGGUGUUGUAUUUCCUGGAGCCGGUCCGCUGCCUUGUCCAGAACCACUUGUGUCAGAAGGAGUUUUGCUUAGCUUGCGAGCUGGGCUUCCUCUUCCACAUGCUCGACCUGUCCAGGGGAGACCCCUGCCAGGCCAGUAACUUCCUCCGUGCCUUCCGGACCAUCCCCGAGGCGUCGGCGCUGGGAUUAAUCCUCUCAGAUUCCGAUGAGCAGACCGGCAAGGUGAGGCUGGGCCGGCUGAUCCAGAGCUGGAACCGGUUCAUCCUGACGCAGCUCCACCAGGAGACCCAGGAGCAGGAGGCUCCACAGGCCUACAGGGGACUGAGCGGCAGCGCCUUCGGGUCCUCGGGGGAGUCUGUAAUUGGCCGGCUGUUCGGCUGUGAGGUGGAGAACAGCAGCCUGUGCCGCUGCGGCAAAGAGACGGUGCGGACCUCCCUCACGCUGCUCUUCACCAUGCACUACCCCGAGCAGACUCUGGACAAGACGAUAAAGGAGUGCGAGUUUGCCGACGUACUGAAGAAGAGCAUUUGCCUAGAGCAGAACACGCAGGCCUGGUGUGAGAACUGCGAGAAGUACCAGCCCACGGUACAGACCCGAAACAUCCGCUGCCUCCCAGACGUGCUGGUCAUCAACUGCGAGGUGAACGGCAUCAAGGAGGCAGAGUUCUGGAGAGCCCAGGCUGAGUAUGCUUUCAGCAAGGCGGCCAAAAAGGAGGAGGUGGGGCCUACAACACCAAAGGAGCCCACUCCUAGCGAGUGGUGUGUGGAGGAUGAAAUGUACUGUCCAGAAGGACUGACCUUUGGGAACAGCAUUGAGGACAUGAGGCACGUGUGGAUCCCACAGAGCCUGAAGAUGUGUAUCAGCAAGAGCCAGGGACUGGAGAUUUCCAGCUGGAGUGAGACAGAGGAGCUGAGUCCCUCAGAAGAGGCAGAGGGUGCUGUUAUCUAUGAUCUGGUGGUUACUGUUCCACAUCUGCUGGAUGCCCGCACAGGUGGUAAUCUAGUGGCACACAUCAAAGUGGGAGAGACCUACCAUCAGAGGAAAGAGGGAGUUACACACCAGCAGUGGUACCUCUUCAAUGACUUCUUGAUUGAACCCAUUGAAAAGGUAGAGGCGACUCAAUUUGACAUUAUCUGGAAGGUGCCGGCCAUAUUAUACUACGCCAAGAGGAACUACCACACCAAAUAUGACCUUCGCAUUAAGAACCCGAUUGAGGCCAGCGUGCUGCUAGCUGAGGCCUCACUGGCAAGGAAACAGAGGAAGAGCCAUGCCACCUUCAUCCCCCUCAUGGUUAGCGAGAUGCCACAGGCCGGUGACCUAGUGGGAUUAGAUGCCGAAUUUGUCACUCUGAAUCAGGAAGAAGCAGAGUUGCGUAGCGAUGGCACCAAGUCCACCAUAAAGCCCAGCCAGAUGUCCGUGGCCCGCAUCACUUGCGUGCGUGGCCAGGGCCCCAAUGAGGGAGUUCCCUUCAUCGACGACUACAUCUCCACACAGGAGCAGGUAGUGGACUACCUCACACAGUACUCAGGCAUCAAGCCAGGGGACUUGGACGCCAAGAUUUCCUCAAAGCACUUGACAACGCUCAAGUCUACAUACCUGAAGCUGCGCUUCCUCAUUGACACUGGGGUUCGAUUUGUGGGCCACGGGCUACAGAAGGACUUUCGGGUCAUUAACCUGCUGGUGCUGAAGGACCAGGUUAUCGACACGGUGCAUUUGUUUCACAUGCCCCGGAAGAGGAUGAUCUCCCUUCGUUUCCUGGCUUGGUAUUUUCUUGACCUGAAGAUCCAGAGUGAGACCCAUGACAGCAUAGAGGAUGCACGCACUGCGCUGCAGCUGUAUAGGAAGUACCUGGAUCUGAGCCGUGGGGGUGGAACCGAUGAGGUGCGGAACAUGCUGAAGGGCCUGUACGAAAAGGGACGCCAGCUGGACUGGAAGGUCCCGGAUGACGACAGCGGGGAAGCCCAGGGGAGCCCCAAAAAUAAUGAUGUAUUUCCUUCUGUGAUGGGACUGUGAACAGGUGCAUAAGAGAAACUGAAGACUUGUCCUGCUUUAGACACUUCUGCUUUUUAUAGAGUGAUUUUCUGCUGGACACGGAGUCAAUCCACUGAACGCCCAAUAGAAAACCCACAGUCUCCUCUUCAAAGGAUGUUCUUAUGCUGAAAUUUUUAUCUCACCAGCGCCUCUUGCCCAAGACCAGGAUUUAAUUAUUUUUUUCUCUGACAUCAGUCAGUGAAAUGGGUUGUAAAAACCAGCCUAAUUAGAACGGGCAUCUUUUAUGCAGCUAGUUUUGUUAGGCGAAAGCCAGUUCCACCCUUCCCCAGCGGACAUGAAACCUUGAACGUACAAGCAGGCCCAUGAUCCCUUAAUUCUCCAGUCAUCUCCUGAUAUCCAUGUAUAGCCAGCAUUUAAAAUGCUCUUUAACUGGGAAAUGUAAAUGGAAAUAUACACAAUAACUGGACUUGUACAGCAUUGCUUUUUUGUAUUUGCCUUUUUGAUGUAUACAUUUGUGGUAAUAAACAAUGAAUUAAACAA